CUUCUCCUCAUUUCGCGCCAAGUGGUCUUCACUUGACAUUCCGCUGAUGCAGCACGCCUCUCAAUGGUCACCUGACGAUGUUGCAACAGCGACGAAGGUUGCAGUUCACCAGCACGCUCCUGAUUUGCGCUGUCUUGAUAUUAUGCAGUCUCAGAUACGUGCAAAACCGAGCGAGCCAUGGAAAAGCGUCGCGAGUUAUCCUUCCGGAUCUCAGGGUAGGGCGGCAGGAAUACCAGUUCAAGGAACCAGUGGUUAAUUCCACCAGUCCGUAUCCCAUCGGCAAGACAAAGCCUGCAGGUUCGAAUUAUACCAGAGCCUUGGUCAUUGCAAGUCUUAAGAAACAAGACACCGCGUGGGCAGAUGCAUAUCUUGGAGAAAUGCAAGAGGCAGGUCUCCUGUCUACCGCGAUCUAUGUCGUCGAUAACCCUCGAGCGAAGCCACGGGUGCCCAAGAACAAAGGUCAUGAGGCCAUGGUAUAUUUGACAUACAUCAUUGACAACUAUGAUGCCUUACCUGAUGUCUCGAUCUUUAUGCACGCGGAUCGCUACACCUGGCACAAUGACGACCUGCUGGAGAGGGACGCUGUCAAAAUGAUCCAGCACUUAAGUCCAGAGAGGGUGACUAGAGAGGGCUAUAUGAAUCUACGCUGUCACUGGGUACCAGGCUGUCCCGCAUGGCUGCAGCCGCAUAUGGCUGUACCUGACCCAGCGAAGGAAGAGCAAUUGGUUAUCGCACAGCAUUGGAGCCAACUAUUCCCCGAAGAACCUUUGCCAGAGGUACUUGCACAGCCAUGCUGUGGCCAAUUCGCUGUGUCACGAGAUCGGAUCCUGGAACUACCCAAGAAGCGUUAUAUGUUUCUGCGAGAAUGGCUGCUUAACACGGCUCUCACCGACUAUCUCUCCGGUCGAGUAUUCGAGUACACUUGGCAAUUCAUCUUCACCAAGUCCCCCGUGACCUGCCCUAGCAUGAGCGCAUGCUACUGUGAUGGCUACGGAAUUUGUUUUGGCAAUCCAAAGGAGUUCGACUACUGGUUCGAACUCCGAUACAAACGCAACGGGUACGUCGAAGCCAUGCGGAUGUGGCAGAAGAUGUUGGAUCAUCCACAAGGCAUGGUGUCUUUUGGAGCACCGGGUGCGAGAGCACUUUUAGGUGAGCUCUCUGGCGUUCCAGAUCGUGACAAAAUCGGCGAGGCGAAGAGGCUGGUCGAUAUAUACACGCGGGAUAUGGACGAGAGACUCGCGGCAGCAUUUGUGGCGGGCGAUAGUCCUCGGCAGCGCGCUCUCGAAUCAGGACGGGAUUGGAGAGAGGGAGAUGGUUUCUGAGUUGUACUGCUCCUUUCUCACGCAGGUACUGUGCCAUUCACAAAUCUACAGUCUGAUUCAGACGUUACAUUUUCGCAGUUUCGGACAUCACCUUAUCUUGCAGUAAGCCGCUCGCUAUUUUGUGCUCCUGCAUACUACGAUAGCAUGG